GCCGCGGGCGCGCGCAGCAGCUGGGUUGCGUGGCCGCGCCGCUGCUGCAGCUCGGCGAUCUGGCGGCGAGUGGCCGUGGGCUGGCGGGGACGUUUCACGGAGGUGAGAGAGUGGGGCGCUCCUUCUUCCACAGCCACAGCAGGCCCGGGCCGGGCGGCGCCAUGAGGUUUUGCUAUAAAUAUCCAGCCAAGUGAUGACAAAUUUAGUGGAAAAUGUGAACAUGAAACCCAGAAAACAAACCUGGAAUGUUGCUGCUGAUGGAAUAAGUGGAAGGAAUUUGAAAGACUAUGAGGGAGGUACAGAAAGUGGGGAGACACUGUCAGUCACAUCUGCAUCCGUGAUGCAGUUCCUGCCGACCAGUGGCAGCAGUAGUAGCAAACAGCAGUUCGAUGAAGUUGAGUUCACAAAUGGAGCUAGCGGGCAACAGGAGCACCUUGCUCAGGCAGCCAGUGACCUGUCAGAGCUGGAACAAAGUCUUGCUGCUUUAAAUGAAUUACAGGAUGCUGCAAACAGAGCAAAAUCUGAAAGGGAAAUAGGCUUGUACCCAGGUACUUGUGAUGAUGAUCUAACUGGCGUCUUUGAAGAUGGUGGCGCAGUAGAUUUUUUGCCAGAUCUUGAGUUCUUCCCAUCUCCAAAAGGGGAGAAACAGCAAGGUAGCCCUUGGAGCCUGACUGAUUUCUGCGGAGAUGACGAUUCUGGCCUUCUGUCACCUCUGUCUUCUGAGCCUGCCUUGCUUGGGAGCAAUUUGAUGGAACUACAGCCAACUGAGGACUGUAUUGUUUCUUGGCCAACUUCAGAAAAUAAGGAUACUGAGAGCAAAGAAAAUAUUUGGGCUUCAUUGCAGUUGCCAGCUACUAGCUCUACUUCAAAGGACGUGAAGCUGGAAAAAGAGAGCUACAUUGAGUUAGUCACUCCAGGAGUCAUUAAACAGGAGCAAGCCAGCAGGAGUUACUGCAGUGCUGCAAAUGGGUCAUCGUUAGCGCAAAAUUCAGUUAAGGAUCCCAUUUAUAUAUACAGUACAGAACCAAUUCAAACUUCUGGCGAUAACAGUCCCUUCUUCGACCUCAUUCCAACUUUCUCAGCUGUAACUCAGUCCUGGGAUGUGAGCCAUCAUCCCAGUCCAAUUUUUACUGGUAGCAAGAUGGGGGAUCUCUCUUCUGUGAGAGGAGCUUUACCAUCCAAUCGCAACAGCUCUGCUCUGAAAUCUGACAGAAGCUCAUCAACCGCCACCACCUCUAAUGUCUCCUCGGGGCCACCUGCCAAAGUUUGUCUAGUUUGCUCAGAUGAAGCAUCUGGAUGUCAUUAUGGUGUUCUUACUUGUGGCAGUUGCAAAGUGUUUUUCAAAAGAGCAGUAGAAGGGCAGCAUAACUACCUCUGUGCUGGAAGGAACGAUUGCAUCAUUGACAAGAUCCGUCGAAAGAACUGCCCAGCUUGCCGUUUUAGAAAGUGCCUCCAGGCUGGGAUGAACCUUGAUGCUCGGAAGAUGAAGAAAAAGGUGAAAGCACCACAUACCAACAGCUCCGAAACUACUUCAAAAGCAGUUUUACAAGAUGUUUCUUUAGUUCGCCCUGUUUUGAAUCCAGCUGUAUUAACGAUCCUUGAGGUAAUUGAGCCAGAACUCUUGUAUGCAGGAUAUGACAGCUGUCUCCCUGAUACACCUCACCGGCUUCUGUCAGGAUUGAAUAACUUGGGUGGGCAACAGAUGAUCUCAGUUGUGAAAUGGGCAAAAUCUCUACCAGGAUUCAGAUCCUUACACCUGGAUGACCAAAUGACACUGCUGCAGUAUUCUUGGAUGUCUCUCAUGGUGUUCAGUCUUGCUUGGAGAUCUUAUAAACAUACCAACAGUCGCAUGCUGUUCUUUGCACCAGAUCUUGUCUUUGAUGAGCAACGGAUGCAGCAGUCAACGAUGUACAGCUUGUGUAAAGGAAUGAGCAACGUCGCAUUGGAUUUCAAAAAUCUUAAGGUUGUCUAUGAAGAAUACCUAUGCAUGAAGGCAUUAUUGCUUCUUGGUACAAUACCAACAGAUGGCUUGAAGAGCCAGGUGGGAUUUGAUGAGAUUCGAACCUCAUACAUAAAAGAGCUGGGAAGAGCUAUCGUAAAGAAAGAGGGAAGCUCAAGCCAAAACUGGCACCGUUUUUAUCAGCUGACAAAACUUCUGGAUUCAAUGCACGAUUUGGUUGAAGGGUUAUUGCAGUUUUGUUUUUAUACCUUCGUGGAAUCAAAGACUCUCAGAGUGGAAUUCCCGGAAAUGUUGGUGGAAGUUAUUAGCAACCAGUUACCAAAGGUCAUGGCGGGAAUGGCUAAACAGCUUCGGUUCCACCAUAAGUGACUGCCUUAAAAAGGAAAAAAUGCCUUAAAGUUAUCUCCCGUUGCUUUUCGCAAAGUGAUCGGAUUUUGGAAAUGUUUGUCCUGCAAAUGCUUGCAAUUAUGUCAUAUGCACUACAUAGGGUUUACAGAGGGUUAGGCCUGGGCUGAGGUAAAAAGGAAACAGUUUUACAGCCUAGAGACUGUACAUUGAAAAAAUAUAAGAGACAGAAAUCUGCAUGUAGUUUGUUGUGAAAUUUAUUUCUGUGUACUGCGAUACCAGUUUGAUUUUAUGCAUGCAUUCUAAUGAGAAGUUUACAGUGUAUAUCGGAAAAGGGAAAAUUGUGCCUUUUUUAAGCUUUUUAAGUCUAAUGUAGCCAAUUUGGACAGUUUCCUCUAUUGUUAAUGUAGGAAAACUGGUAAUUUACUCAGUAUUUUCUUUACAUGUAUGUUUUUUUAUAUAAGUGGAAUUUGAGCCUGAUAAAAGUUUUCCUUUAUAACAGUCAUGGAAUUCUAUGUUGUAUAAGUAAACUUGCCUAUUGCUUUAAUGUAAAUGUGUAAAAACUGAUCAUUUUGUAACAUACUGAUCAACAAACUGGUAUUUGAACUACCUUAAAACAUUUAAUGUGUGAUUUGAGAGGGGCAAACGUAUUUCUGGAAAUUACAUUUAUUUUCAAGUGUGUAUUAUGUAUGCCAUCCUGUAUAAAAAUGCAUCCUUGGUUACAUAGGAAUUGACAGUGGCCAUAUAUGAUGAUGUGUUUAUUAAUUACCUUUGGUAAUGUGAAAUUUUAUAACUUUAUUUUAUUCAGUUCCAGUGUUUGUUGGUUCACCAAUGCUGGUAGAUUUAUGCUCAUGCUCCAUAAUGGAGCACACACAGCUUCUGUGAUUGACUCCACAAUAUUAAUUAGGAAAAUUUUCCUCUGAUUUCACUGGGGAUAAUGCAUUCCUUAAUGUAAGCAUCUUAUAGCAUUUAAAGAGACAGUAGUCCAGUAUACAGUAGGACUGAUGCUAGUGAUUUUAAGUUCUUAUUUUUAAAUGUUGUGAGGGCCUCCGUCGGUCAGAGUUGACCAUGGAUAUUGCGUCCUUGCUGUCUAGAUACACAAGCCUGGGAAGUACAAUACAGAGAGCAAGCUGUUGCCCGUGUAGCAAACUCCCCCACUCUACACAUCUGAUAAACCCAAAGGAAUGGCAGAGACCAAUACAUUUUUGUACCAGCAGUGUAACAGGAGUUGCCAGUCAACAUUGAACACAAUGUAGGACUGCUUUAGGGACUCCAGCUCUGGAUUUCCCUCAGGAUUUACUCCUGAAGCCUUCCCCAUGAGUGGGUGUAGCCACAAGGCAAUGGAGGUUUGAGUCAGAGAUUUCCUUCUGGUAGAUGAGCUGCCAACCAUGACUAACGAGCCCCAUCUGCCUGAAGUGAGUGGUUUUAAGGUGCCAGUAACUUGCCUUUGCCCUUACUCCUGUCAGUAGAAACGGUUCUGCUGGUCUUAGUAGCUAAGCCACACAUGAAGGUCAGGAGCUGGACUUGGUUGUCAGAGGCUAUUUGAGGUGCACGCCAUUAGGAGCAUUUGAUAGGUAGUGGAAGCUUAUCCCCAUUCCCACCCCCAGCUAUAACAACCUUAAGGAACCGGUGUUAGGUCAGUUGCAAUUACAUUGUGAUCAGUAAAUUUCUAGUUGAUCAGUCAGCCAUAUUCAUGCUUCUGGAUGGUAUGCAGUCUGGAAUAUAUUGGAGGGCAAUACCAUCGAAAUGUAGAGAAAUACGAACUUCAUUCAUGAUCAUAGUUGCACAGAUGGGAUGGUAACUCAAGCUAAGAUGAUUAUUGCAGGUAAGACUGGAAAUAUACUUGGGGAAAGGAAGAAGAAUUGUCCUCAAAGAAAUCAGGGAAUGAAAAAACUGAAAUAGUUUGAAUAUUUUUUCCUUCUCCAUUCUGUGUCAUUGAACUUAUGACAUCAAAGAGCAAUGGUGUUUAAAAUUAUAUGUAGUUUAGACAAAAUUAUUUAAUCAAGUUUAUUGCUAUUUCCCAUCACAAACUGGUAUACUGGUCCUAAUGCUUGAUUUCACCAAGAACUCAAACUGUACUCAACAGGGACAGAAUGUUGAAAUAAUGUGUUUCAAUCCCUUUGGAUCUCUUGUUAUCAAAUAAUUGCAUCAAAGCAAGCCAUGAAAGCAACUCUUAAUGCUGUUUGAUUUUUGUAAUAUCAGCUAUCUGGUGAUCAGAUUGAAAAUGAGCAUGAAAAGAAUGGUGACAUUGAAUGUGAGAAAUGGGGGUGUUGAGGUGUGGAGUUGGGCAGUAUUUCAACAACUGCAGUGGAACUUUAUCAUUUCACCACAUCACUUAAUUCAGCUGCAAUUUAUUUUGCACAGUAUAUCCAUAUAUGCCCUAUAUAUAAAUUUCUCUUUGGUGGUGUAACAAAGUGGUAUAUUUGGGAGGGGGGAGGGAGUCAGAAUAUAAAGCAAUCCUACAUAUUAGAACUGCAUAUUUAGCAAAAGGUAAAUUAAAAGUAAAGUUUGUAUUUCACUGAAUUCUUAAGAGAUUUAAGCUUUUAAUCAAAAUUGAGAUGUUUUGUUUUCCAGAAUCAUUGGUCUUUUACAGUUUCUGAUCCCUAAUUAGCCAAAUUAGUGCUGCACUAAUUGUUCUGUGUGUAACAAUGAGUACUGGUACUGUGGAUGGCCCAUGUUGUAAAUAGCCAUAGCUAUUGAACAAGUGGAAAGAGGCAAGUUUGUUUUGGUUUCUUUUCUAAUGACCCACAUAUAACCUUUUUUUCUGUGACUUGAAAUUAAACAUUGAGCCCAGUAAAAAUGUAUAGAUUAUUUAUAGCCCAUAUUGAGAGAAGUAUCACACACAAAUUACUGGUGGAACGCAGCAGGCCAGGCAGCAUCUAUAGGGAAAGCACUGCUGAUGUGUCGAUGAAGGGUCUCGGCCCGAAAUGUUGACAGCACUUCUCCCUAUAGAUGCUGCCUGGCCUGCUGUGUUCCACCAGCAUUUUGCUUAUGUGUUACUUGAAUUUCCAGCAUCUGCAGUUUUCCUCGUGUUUGCCUUGAGAGAAGUAUUCUUUAAUAUUCUUUAAUAGCUAUUACUUUAAUGGCUAUUACUUAGCCAGUCUUUUUCUAAGGAUUUUUUAUUUUUUGGAUAGAUGGAUAAAUUGCAUCCCACAUGGAUAGCAGGUUCAAUAAUUAUGCCAAAAAAUGGAAUUUACUUCAAUUGUCUAUUCUAAUUACUUAUCCGGGUGAGAAGAAAAUGUCUUCAAUAUAUGGCUACAAUUUUCCUUCAAUAUAGUUUAUGACUAAUGACUAUUUAUACCAAUGCUCUAGGCCAAGGCCUGAUUUUAAGUUUUUCUGUGAUAGUAUAUAAGUUGUUGAUAGUUCAUAUUUUUCUUCUUGAAAGAUUUGACACGUACUCUGCAUCCAAGUCAGGAUGCAGAAUAAACAGGGAAAAAUACUUAAAGCCCAGUUGGUUUUAUCAAGAGUUUUGUUUUGCAAAAGGUGCUUUAUUUUUUAAAAAAUCUAUUGUGUGGGCUGGACCCGUUGAGGAGAGGACAGUUUAUUUUUCUUGAUUUCUGCCCUCCACACCUUAGGAAAAACAAGGGAACCAUGUGUACUGCACCAAACAGGUUUCUCAAUUUUAACCAUCGUUCAGCAAAAGCAAAAAUAAAUUCUAACACCAGCCAAUUCUGGACCACACCACUACAUCCCUCCAUUAUAAGGAGAUGAAUAAAUGCUGCAAAUAGAGUUCUUUUUGGAUGUUAUCUCAUGAAUACAACCAAAUCUCUGCCUUUGUAAUUAGCUAUGCAUAAUAUAUAGGUAACCAAGUAACAUGCAUAGAUAUAUAUUUUUCAAAUUUUAAGCAGAUUCUUUAAAUAUAUUGUUUCUGGUGAAUUAUUACAGGAUGGUUUUGGUUCCUUUGUCAGUUUAGAAACUAUAUCUUUGUUCGUCACACUUUUUAACAAGGAUAGUUGUGAUCUCCUACAUCAGUUAUUAUGAAAGAAAAUUGAAUGUACCUCUGGCUGCUCAGAGGAACUAAAAUCUUAUGAUACUAUUUCAAUACAUAGGAUAUACUUUAAAAACCUUCGGUAACAGAGUAUUUCAGUUUUGCAAUAGCUGACUGAUUUUAAAUGAUUUAACUUUAAUGCAAAGUGAGUGAUAAAUGUUUCUAUCUAGCAGGCAGGGAGGAACAACAUUUGGAAAAAAUUAUGUGCUUAUGAGAUGAAAAAUUAUAUAGCAGUUUAUAAAAAUAUACUAAAAUCAGAUUGAUUUGUGAUUAAGAAAGACCACAGAAAGAUAUGGAGUAAUUUUAUAAGCUUUUCUGAUGGAUAUAUGGAGGGAGGAGAUGGUAUUGAAUAUAACUUGCCUCAGCAAGAUUAAAUUUGGUGUAUAAAUUGCUAGUUAAACUUUGUUUACUUCUGAUAAGAGUUGAAAAGUUAUUUGCCACGAUACUGAAAGUACUUACAAAUUACUGAUUUUUUUUUAAAACAGCACAAGGCCUACUACUAGGUGUCCUACAAAUUGUGUUUCAAGAACACAGUACAUUAAUCUCUGUCAAUAGGAAAUAGAUGAAGCUAAAGGGUUUAAAAUGACUAGUGAGUUUAUGAAUACAGUAUUCACACACACCUAGUAUGAGUGCCCAAAUUAUUAUGAGAAUCAGAUUGCAUGCAUCAUGAAGAAUUAAAUGUUUUAAUCAAACCUUAAACUGAUUUAUUCAUCUCAGUGUUUAAAUUUCAUAGAGCUUAUGAAUUCAGAUUAAGAAUCUUAAGAAAAUUAUUAAUAGAAGUUGUUAAGGUGACAGUGUAGUUUAUUAACCUUUCUAUAAUUUGCCUAAUCACAUAAUCAGGUUUACAAAUGGUGCCAAUUUUGGCAAGACUAAAAACUGCUUAAACAUAAUAUAAAACAAGGACACUGACAUUUCAAAAUUAACGGUGUGCCUUUUACAGAAGGACAGAUGAGCAUGUGUCCUCAAUGUAGAGAUAUAAUCUCUUAAAUAUUUUUCAGAACUGUCUAAUAAUGAUUGUAUAUUUUAAUGUCCGUGCACUGAGAUAAUGUAAAGACCAGACAAUCAAAUGUGGCUCUAUUACCUCAAAAGAAAAAUGCUCUUGUAGAUUAUAUACAGGAUUGUGUAAUAGUUUAUUCAUAAUGUGCCAUUUUGAAAUAUAGGGGAAAGAAUGAACAAACGUUAGCGGUUUCAUAAGUGUAAUAUGGAGAGCUUGCUAAUCUCCAUGGUCUCUCAUCUUCUUGAUGUAAGAUGAUCCAUUAAUAGGAUAACAUCUGUGUACCUUUCUUAAAAAUAUUAGUUUAUUUGACUUACUAUGUAAAUCCAACAGGCGUGUGUUUUGUAGACUGUUUUUCCAGGGUCCUGCUUCUCUUUAUGCUUUGAACUGAUCUUUGUGCAGUUGUGUCUCAUUUACUAAUAGUGUUGCAGAUGAAAUUUGCUUAAUUGUGCAGGUGUUUAAGUCCAAUAAUUGUGAAUAGCUCUCAAUAAUGCAGAUAAUGGACAGAAAUUGGAUAAUAAAUUCGCUUUUCCACUAA